CAGAUGAAUAUGAAGAAAAAUUUCUCGAUUCUACAAAACAACACACAUUAAGCAAUGCAGAAAUUAAAAAAAUAAAAGAGCAUUAUGUAACAAAUUAUAAUAUAAAGGCCAAUCAAUUACAGUUAGAUUGCACGAAAUCAAGACUAGGCACAUAUAAACUAUUUGGUGCUAGUAU